GAUAUACUAACCGAAAAUAAUCGUCGAUCGGAACAAAAGCACUCUUCUGGAUCGAACUCGAACUGCCGCUGCCUCAUUCACGCGGCACCAACGUCGCCCGAUACGAUUUUCCCUGAAAAAAACACCAAAAUAUGAAAGUAACUCUGCGCGUGCAUUCAUAGGAGAAGAAUCAGCGCUACGAUGCCACGUCUGUGACGCCAUGAACGAACGAUUUCGGUACAAUUGCGCGUACGUUCUCGUCCUGUCGAUGCUGAUUCACUCGUUCACACAGCACUGCGCUUCGGAACUCGUCAAAGAUACCUACAGGUAUCUAUCGUUCCUAACAACUUCGUCGCACCAUCCGAAUGCAGAAUUUUAUCUUUUUUACUCGCGGUUACCCUGCGAAAGUGAAAUACUUUAGGACAAUGUUACGUGUAUCGGGAAUGUCGCUCGAACUUGCGCCAUUUGAUUUCGAUCUCCGCGUUCUUCUGUCGUUUCUCUUCCAGUAGCGACUUCGCCGAGACGCAACGCGACAAACUCGACGCGUCCAUCGAGCAAAUCUUCCGAAGUCCGUGCGAAAAGAGGGUCGCCGUAAGCGAGCGUAAACUCAGCCCUGAAAUCGAGAACAGCGAGACCCCUGGCCGACCCGAGUUCACCGACAAGCGUGUUCGAACCAAAAGGAGCAAUCCGAAAAUCUCGAACGACGCUGCGAAAUCCGAGCUAAAACGUUCGAUGACCAAAGCUAUCAAAACCUCGCCGAGAACCGGUCGUUCCUCUCGAGACCUCCCAAGGCUCGUCGACAGGGAAUCCGGGGACUACGAAGCAGCCGUCGACCAGGACAAAUCUGAAUACGCGGACGAGGUUGAGGACGAAUCGGCAGCUGGCUCCUCGAACAAAGAAGCCAGCUACAAAGGCGACGAAUUCCGUGUUAACGAAGAUUUCGACAGGUUCGUCGACCAAGAGGAGAGGUCGAGUUUGUACGACGACUUCGAGACGAAGGACGUCGUAAAAAGAGGCAUCCCUGGGUCAGAGGAUUACGAGGAAGAAGUCGACGACGAGUCUCUUGGAGCGGCGGAAGACACUGCGGCGUUUGAUGAGCGAGAAUCAUUGGACGAGGAAGCUGGAAAGAGGAAAGUACGCGGUGACGUGCGAGUGAAAAGGGAUCACGAGAAUUCGAAGAAAACCGAGAACGUGGGGAUGACUGGGAAAGAGGGGAGCAGUGGCGGGCCUUCGACUGACUUGGAGAAGGACGCCGAGGCAUCCUUAAAAGACGCGAAAUCCGACAAAGACAAGGAGUCCGGCGAGGAAGGGGAUCAGGCGAAAAGGAACGCUGGUGAAAAAAAUGAGAACGAGGUAUCCAAAGCGAAUCCCGAACGAGAGGCAGGCGGUUCCAAGCAAUCUCUGACGGUGAACGAUCAGACAGAGGUCGAGAGUAACGAGAACGCCAAGUCGUUGAACGCUGAGGCGUCAGGGGACAGGAAAACGCAAGAGGAAGGCCUGUCGAGCGACAAGCAAGGUGUCGGCGAGACGCAGAGUCUCGGAGGAACUUCCAAACGCGACGAGACGAAGAUCGCGGACGUAUCGAGUCCAGAGGCAACUAAAGCCGAGGCUCCUGCGAUAAAUACCGCGGAAGGCCAAGUGUCGGAGGACUCUGCCAAACUCGAAAACUCCGCGAAUUCCGAAGCUGCGAGCAACGAGCAGGCUGACGCGGACUACGAGAAACGGGUGGAGGAGCAGAUCCAGCGGAAAAUCGACUCGAUCAAGGAGGAGAUCAAACGAGAGAUCGCUGAGAAUCAGCGCAUCAAGGAAAUCGAGGAGAACAACGCAAAGUUCGACGAGAUGCACGAGCGGGAAGACGAGGAGGGGGAGCAGGAAGCUGAACAGCCGGAGAAGAGGGCGAAAAGUCUGUCAAAGAGAUCUCCGCGGAAUUCGGGCAAGCCUCAGACGAGGAAUACCGGUGAGAAGCGAUCGGUGAAGCGUAAAAAGAGACAGAACGAUGGUAGCAAUCGGGCCAAAGCUCGAAGCGCCAGUGAUACGACCUCGAACGGUGAUAAAAGAUCGAUACGAGAAACGGCGAAGAAACGGUCUUCGUCGGAGCAACUAGCACCGAUUAAAAAAAUCACGCCUGUGAAGAAACGUGCGUCUCCGAGACAGAUAUAUUUCGUGCGAAACGAUCGCGAUGCGGGGAAGAAGGGUAGGAGAAGAUCAAGGUCUGAAGAGGGUCGCGUUAUCCACACCCUGCCUGCCGAUGUGGCUUUGGACUUGAAGUUGCACGGGGACCUCAGCGACGACAAGUCGGGAUUGACGUCGAAAGCGAGCGAGGACGAGAAGGCAAUAGCGGAACAGAGCUCUUUGUCGGACAGAAAGUCCGGUUCCGUGGCUUCGUUGACAGGAAACAACGAGGAGCUUGGUCCACUGGCAACCGAAUACGGGGAUGCUUUCGGUGGUCUGCAGGGAGAGCCUGGCGUAGCUCUGGCCCGAUUUAAGAGGAUUAAACGGGUCCUCCGUCCUCAAACCUCGAAGACCUAGCGUCGCGACGGGGGACACGAGCGAUUACUGGAAUUUGUGAGCGACGUCGACGCGAAUGUAAAGCGAACAUUUAGUAGAGAUGAAAUACAUCGUUGGAGCCUUAAAAGUCGGACGGGAAAAUGAUAGUAUUAUUUAGCGCGUGAUAUCGAUAAGUGAUACGUAGACAUAUAUAGUUAUAAUGAUCCGUACUUAGAGUGCGUUCCGAGGUUGUAGCAGCUUUCUCGAUACUCUCUGCUCCUGACGAGCUUCUCCUGUGUUUCUCGCUCGAGAAAUCUGGAAUCAACGCAAAGUUUCCUGCAGUUUUGUAAACGAGACGACAGAGAGCGUUGAACAAGAUGUACAAUAAAACGAUAAAAAAAAUAUCGAUGACAAUAAAAUCAAAAGUUUGACAAUAAUUUAAUAUCGCACUUCGAAAAUUGUUUCCACGCAGUGAGUGUUCUCGUUUACUUGCUACUUUCUCUACGAAAAUCAUAGAUUCACCAGGUCGUCCGCAUGCGGAAUGGAUGAACGGAGCCACUGGAAGAAAAGAAAGACGGGUACACAGGUAAAUACACAGAAACGCAUUCGUAGACGUUCAAGAUUUAAUAACAAAGAUACGAUUAAACACGCAGAAGACACAUAGAUCGUUAACCCUCUUUUUGUGCGCUUACAUUAUCGGGAGGGGUGGGGGAGAGACUUUGACGUUUGUCCUCGACACAGGCAAGCCCCGCCGUCCCCUAUUGUAUAUCAUCCAUCUCUUCUUAUGCACCGUACUACUUUACAACAAUAUGAAACAAUUGUUUACACAUCGACGGGCCGAAGGGCCACGGUGUCGUGCUAGGCGAGAAAUGCCGAAGGUGACGUUCUAUCCUUUCUUAUUGUUUAUAUCGUACGUUCGUCGCGUCGACGUCCGCUGUGUACGUGUGUGUAUGUGUAUCUAGGAUCCGCAGAGUUUCCAGCUAUCGGCGGACAGUCGAUCGAGAUCGAAGGCUCGCUUUGCACGCCCCGCGGUUUCGCGGAUAGAUCCGCACGCGAACAGAUACACCUUUCUUGCAACGAACAUCCGCGAAGUGUCCCUUAAAGAUGGGUAAAAUGAUUAAGAUCAGGGAAGGACAGCUCGCGGAUGUUUCAGAUUCCGUUCUAAUCGGUGAAUGUAAUUUCCAACGUAUUCGAGGCAAGAAAAGCGGACAGUUUUGGUCAAGCGCAUCCCGAGGGUACUCCUUCGUCGCGUUUCUGAUCGCAGACUGAUUUCGUGGCGCAGAUAUUUAGCGAUGGUAGCGCUUGCGCGAAUUGGUCGUUGAUUAGGUAGAUUAGUACGAACAUCAGUCUGACAAGAAGGCUCGUUGGUAGAACGUUCAGGCACCGAUCUCGUCGCGAGGAAUCGCCGAGCAUCCUCUCGCGAUCAAUUGAAAAGAUAAGCUUCGAGACGAAUUUCGUAAAAUCGUGUUACAUUUCGAAUUCAGGUCAACGAUCAACGUGCCUAGUUUUUUCUUUAUGAAUUCCGAAAGAAUCGUUUCGCCGUUUUUUGUAGUCGAAAGUCGCGGUGAAAGCGGCUGGCGAGCGUACGAAGCGUCGCGCGUCGCGACGACGAUGCUAGGCGCCAGGAAUCGAGACGAGACGAGACGAGCAAGUCGCGACAAAGUGAAAAUCGAAUCGUACACGGUGCGGUGGAUUUACGACGGAUACUCUGCUUGGUACUUAGCGUUAUGUGGAUAGAGACUUUCUUUUUAUUUAAAAAAAUCGAUGUCUGAGAAAUGGUGUUCACAAUAAUAUGGUACAACAACGUAACGGCAUUACAGACUUAAUAUUUAGAUCUAUUUAUGUAUAUAUAUAUACAUAUACAUACACGUAUAUAUAUGUAUAUAUAUGCGCAAUAUUUAUAAUAAUAUAGGUGAUUUCUUUACCACGAUAACAUGGCUAUAUACAAAUAUUACAAUGUCUCCUUCAUUCCUAAACUCACGCGCGUUCGAUGCUACGAUCAGUUCGUGUAGCUAUUCUCCCUUACCUUCGAUUUUCCGUUUCCAUUUUUUUUUUCUACCUAUUUUACUUUUUAAUUGCACGCCGCGGCAAAAAUGUUCGCGGUAAUGACGCAUGCUGAGACUGCAUUCUUAUCGAGUACGAUGAUAAAUUGACGCGUCGACUCUUUAAGGGGUCUUUUCAUUUUAGUGGUUUUUUUUUCUUUUUUUUUU